UUCUGCAUCAUGAUCAUUUUCUAAUCUUAUCUUUUCCUUUCUUCAGAGAAAAGAUAUCACACCCGAACAACAAAAGUGCGAUGGGUUUUUCAGCCUAAACAACGUCACAUACGACAACAACAAGAUGCCUUAUGUUCCAAAAACAGAAGAUGAAUUCUAUUUGCAACAGGAUCCAUUCUUUCAUCCAACAUUACAGAUUGAAAAUGAUGAACGAAAAGCCAAGGUUUUCAAUUUGGUGGGUGGAUUUUUAUUGCCUAAACAUCAUGUCGAUCGUUUGGUUGGACAAUUUGGUGAUGUAAUUGACAGAUCAUUGAAUGGUGGUCAUGUUCAACCGGAUGGAUUUCCCAUGUUCAAUACUUUUGUAACGAAAUUCCCCAACAAUCAACAAGCGGGUGAUUUUCUUGGCCUAGAUAUUGGCGGCACUAAUCUUCGCAUAGCAAGCGUUCAUUUAGAACCUGGCCAACCGAUCAAUGACAAACUAAUCAAUCUGGAAAGUUUUGCCGUUCCCGUUGAAGUUCGUCAAGGCGAAAGUGGAAAAGUAAGUCAAUUACAACCACAACACUCAUCAUGCAAUAAUGUUAUUUGAAUUUUCAAGUUUUUCGAUCAUCUCGCUCAAUCGAUUGGCUCAUUUCUCGAAAAACAUUUCCCACAACGAACGGAACCUAUUUCAUUGGGUUUUACUUUCUCUUUCGGUUACGAGCAAUUAUCAAUUAAUCAUGGUCGUUGCGUUCAAUUCGGCAUACAAACUAAUCUGCCCGAUGCUUUGGGAAAAUGUCCACGACAAUUAUUGCAAAAUUCAAUCGAUUCAGCCGGAUUGCCUGUGAAAGUUGUCGUUUUGGCCAAUGAUUCAACUACAACAUUGAUUUAUGGUCGAUUUUUGGAUGAAAAAACUCGUGCAUCAUUAAUUCUGGGAUCCGGCAGUAAUGUUGCCUAUAUUGAAAAAGUCCAACGAGAUAAACGCAUCAAAGAUGCUGUUAAGGUUUUCGGUGCCGAUAAUGCUACCGAAUUUAUUAUCAACAGCGAAUGUGUUAUGUAUGGUGAUCAUAAUGAAAUGGAUUUUGCCAAAACCCGCUACGAUAUUGAGCUGGAUUCCAAGUCAUUGUUACCGAACAGCUAUACCUAUGAGAAAAUGCUUGGCGGUGCAUUUCUUGGUGAAUUAUUUCGGUUAGCUUUGUUGGAUCUUAUUCGAAAUGAUCUGUUGUUAGGCGGAAAAAUGUCUACAAUGUUGGAGCAGCCCAAUUCGAUUUCCACGUCAUUUUUAUCCUGUAUUGAUUUUGAAUCUGUGUGUUCUCAAUACCACUCAUUCGAGCAGAUUGAUUCGAUGCUUAUCCAUCAAUUUGAUUAUCAACCAGAAGAUAUCGAAAUGGAUGAUCGCAAAAUUAUUGCCUAUGUUUCGGCAUUGAUCACUGCUCGUUGUGCUCUUCUUUGUGCAAUAGAAUUAGCACCAUUCAUCAAUCGUAUGGACAAUGAACACGAGGUCGUACACGUUAGCUGUGAUGGAUCAUUAUUCUCCAAACACCCCAAAAUGGAUAGACUUAUCAAUGGAUUUCUUGGCCAAUUAUGUCCAGCAAAACAAACCAAGGUUUUUUCCACACAAAAUGGUGGCGUGAUUGGUUCGGCAAUGUUGGCUGCUUGUUAUGAUAAUCACAAUAAUCUUUGUCAGGAUUCAAGUGAUGUGAUCAUGUCCAAAUCCCAAUGUCAAAUAUCCAAUGCCAACAACCAAACCAAAUCUUACCGUAUGGAAUUAGUAUGGCGAAAUAUUUGGUUAAUGUUAGCAUUACAUAUAGCCAGUGGCUAUGGUAUAUAUGCGGGUAUUUUUCAUGCCCGUUACUUGACCUUUAUGUUCAAUUAUCUGUAUCUAAUCUUGACCGGUCUGGGCAUUACAGCCGGUGCACAUCGUUUAUGGGCUCAUCGGUCAUAUGAAGCGAGCCGUGCCACACGUAUCCUGCUUAUGUUAUUCAAUUGUGGUGCAUUACAAAAUGAUAUCUACGAAUGGUGUCGUGACCACCGUGUACACCAUAAAUUCUCCGAAACUGAUGCUGAUCCACAUGAUUCGCGGCGUGGCUUUUUCUUCGCUCACAUCGGAUGGCUUAUGUGUCGUAAACAUCCGGAGGUUAGCCGUAAAGGUGGUACGGUAUCGAUGCAAGAUCUGGCCGAUGAUGCCAUCAUUCAAUUUCAACGUCGUUAUUAUAAAUUGUUAGCAACAUUUUUCACAUUCAUCUUGCCAUCAUAUAUUCCUUGUGUUUGUUGGAAUGAAAAUGCUUAUGUAUCGAUAUUUAUCUGCACGACUAGAUAUACCUUAUUAUUGCAUGCAACAUGGUUGGUGAAUAGUGCAGCUCAUCUAUGGGGAAAACGUCCAUACGAUAAUCAUAUUAAUCCGGUGGAAUGUAAAUAUGUCGAAAUUCUAGCACUGGGCGAAGGUUAUCAUAAUUAUCACCAUGUAUUUCCAUAUGAUUACUCGGCUUCCGAAAUGACAUGGCUAAACGACAUUAAUUUCACCACCAUGGUGAUUGAUUUUCUAGCUUCGCUAGGCAUGGUUACUAAUCGGAAAAAGGUGGAUUCCAAUACAGUUGAAAAACGCGUGCAACGUUCGGGUGAUGUGUCGUUAUAUCGUCAAUAUCAACAACAACAUCAAAGAUCAUGGUGGCGUCAUACACCAUUGCCUAUGAUGAUCAUGUUUUUGGCACCAGUAUUCGCUCUUUACCUCUAUCGACGACUAUUAUCCUAUCUAUAUUAUCUGUGUUUUCAUAUCGAAAAUCGAUGGCCAUAAUAAUAAAACCAUUCCAAUGUGA